AUGAUGAUAGUAUCAAAUUUUGUCAUCUUACAAUUAUCCAUCGUUAUUCUUUUCAUGACUACAUUUAUAAAUACAAUGAAUAUAUCACCAUCAACCGCAUUGGUAAAUGAAAUAUCUCAGUCAUCGGAUGACGAGAUCAAUCCAACUGCUGUUGUCCCCAAUCGUCAUUUUACUCUUGAAGAUUUAGAGUUAGCUGCAAGACCACUUGGGCUUACAGGUGACGAAAGCCAAAGCGACGAAGGAGAUGAAUACGAUUAUUCUCAAUUGUCUAAUUAUGAAACAAUGUGGCCACAAGAUCUCACCAAACGUUAUACAAACAAAGUUGCACGCGGUGGUAGUUUGAAUGGCAAUGGUGGUGACAGUCGUCUUUGGGCAAUACCAUACCGUUUUGGCAAACGAGCUGCUAUGCCCUAUCGAUUUGGUAAACGUGCCGGCAUGCAUUUUCGACUUGGAAAAAAAAGCGCCACUUUAUGA